ACAUACUGCACCUUUAAAACUAUUUCAGUGGUCUGUAUGUUCUUUUGGUCCAUAGAUAUGGCUGCUGCUUGUGUCCGAUUUGAAGAUCAGUUCCAGUGUUCCAUCUGUCUGGAUGUCUUCACUGAUCCAGUCAGCACACCAUGUGGACACAACUUCUGCAAAUCCUGCAUCUCUGAACACUGGGAUAAUAAUGACAACUACCAGUGUCCCUUGUGUAAAAAAGCUUUUCACCCAAGACCUGAGUUGUACGUCAACACUUUCAUCAAAGAGCUGGUGGCUCAGUUCAGACAUGAAGUUCAACAGGAACCAAACAUCUACAGCUCAGACCAACAAGCUGCCAAAGCAGGAGAAGUUCCCUGUGACGUCUGCUCUGAACCCAAACUGAAGGCCCUGAAGUCCUGCCUGGUGUGUCUGACCUCCUACUGUCAGACUCAUCUGGAACCUCAUCUGACACGUUCAGGACUGAAAAAACAUCAGCUGAUCCACCCUGUGGAGAACCUGGAAGACAGGAUGUGUAGGAAACAUGAGAAACCUCUGGAGCUGUUCUGUAAAGCCGACCACACAUGUAUCUGUGUGUUCUGUUCUGUUGACGACCACAAGAACCAUGAGUUUGUUCAUCUGAAAGAUCAACGUGAAGAACAGAAGGCAGAUCUGAAGAAGAUGAUCCAGGAGAGACGACUGAAGAUCCAGGAGAUCCAACAGUCAGUGGAGCUCAGUAAGAACGCUGCAGACACAGAGACAGCAGAAGGUGUUGAGGUCUUCACUGCUCUGAUGGAGUCUGUUCAGAGAGGUCUGGACCAGUUCAAAGAGGAGAUCCAAGAAAAGCAGAGGAGCACCGAGAAACAGGCUGAAGACUUCACCAAAGAGCUGGAACAGGAAAUCUGUGAGCUGGAGAAGAGAAGCACUGAGAUGGAGCAGCUCUCAGGCUCUGAAGACCACCUCCACUUUGUCCAGAGGUUCACAUGUGUCAAAGCUGCUCCAUCCAUGAAGACCUGGACCGAGGUCAGCGUCCGUCCAUCAUAUGAGGGGACUGUGGUGAGAGCUGUGUCUGAGCUGGAGAAGAAACUCACAGAGGACAGGAAGAAGGUGUUUGAAGCUGAACUGAAGAGAGUCCAACAGUAUGAGGUGGAUCUGACUCUGGAUCCAGAUAUAGCAGGUCCUAGACUCAUCCUGUCUGAUGAUGGAAAACAGGUUCAUGAUGAUGAAAGGAAGAACCUUCCAUACAAACGACAGAGAUUCUCUGUUUGUCCUUCCAUCUUAGCGAAGCAGAGUUUCUCUUCAGGCAGGUUUUACUUCGAGGUUCAGGUCAAAGGAAAGACUGACUGGACUUUAGGAGUGGCCAGAGAGUCCAGCAACAUGAAAGGAAGGAUCUUCUAUAGUCCUCAGAACGGAUUCUGGACCAUCUGUUUGAAAUAUGGAAAUCAGUACAAUGCUUGGUUGGAUUCUUAUGUCGGUCUGUCUGUGCAGUCUGAUCUUGAGAAGGUGGGGGUGUUUGUGGAUUAUGAGGGGGGUCUGGUCUCCUUUUAUGACGUAGAUUCUUCAGUUCUCAUCUACUCCUUCACUGGCUGCUGCUUCAGUGAUAAAGUCCGCCCAUACUUCUGUCCAGGUCUGAAUGAUGAAGGUAAAAACUCUGCUCCUCUGAUCAUCACUCCUGUCAGACCGAGUUGGAAAUUCUUCAAACGUACAAAUUUUUUCUGAUUUACUGGAGUCACUAAACUUAGUGAUAAUGUAAACAGUUUUAAUGUGUAUUAAUCUUUAUCCAUAUGCACUUAAAUACUAACAUUUGUGAUGAUAAUAAUCCUGGUUUGACAGAUUCUGAUUCACUGUGAUUUAAUCCAAUGAUAAUGAUGGGUUUUAAUGUUAACUUUAAUCAGAAAUGUUGGGAUUAUGAAUGUGUUUCCAUGAUGUGAUUGAUGAUAGAAUUGUUCAAGAGAAUUCAAUAUUCAAUAAUAACAGUGACAGUAAAGAUUAUGUUCAUCAACUGUAACAAAUUCAGUCAUGUACUGUUCAGACUGUCUUCAUAAUAAAUGAGAAAAAAAAAUCAUUACAUAUAAAAUGCUUGGAGAGCUCUUUACUAUUUGUUCAUAGAAGGUAUUCAGUCAUAUUAUCAUUCCUUACAUUAGUACCAUUACUUCAUCAUUCCUUACAUUAGUACCAUUUCUCCUGGAGGUGGGAGUUGAAGACUGUGCUGACAUCAGGCUCUGCCAGACAGGAAAGCAGUUCCCCACCAACACUGUUUACAGUGGAAGUGGAGAGCCGCUGACCCCGACUGUGGCUGUUGUCGGACGGUGGAAGGAAUACUUGGAGGAUCUCCUCAAUCCCACUGUCACGUCUUCCAUGGAGGAAGCAGAGGCUGAGGUCUCAGAGGUGGACUCGUUCAUUA